AUGACAAGCUACGCCGCUUCGAGAGACCAUUGUCCGCCUUGCAACAGUUGCGCAUCGAGGGUUGUUGCGGGUAGGGGUGGGUGGACGGGGGGCCCCUGGGGCCCCACCGCAGCAGCUGCUGCUAUCGCGGCGGCACUGCAGCCACAGCUGCAACAGCAGCCACAGUUGCAGCAGCAGCAGCAGCCACGCAAUUCGAGUGAACUGCUUUCCGGCAAUGUGGCUGCAGCAGGUGCUGCUGCUUCAGAGGGGGCUCUUGCAUGCCCUGACACUGCAAACACCGGUGCAACAUCAGCUCCAGAGCUAGAACCUUCUUUGAUUGACAGUGCUGCAGUUACAGCAGCAGCAAAAAGGAAAGCCUUGGCAGCGAGGUUACCCCCAUUGGCUGAAAAGCUGUUGCAGCGGUCCUUGUCGAGAGAACUCGAGGCACCUCGACUAGCAGAACUAGCCCUGCUUCCACGGCUCUUCUAUGCUAUGGCAGAAGAGCGACUCAGCAGCAGCAACAGCAACCUGAGUAACGGCAUUUCAGACACCCCCAAGGGAGUCAGCCGUCACGGGAGCAGCAUGCGCGAAUGUUACGUUGACACAGCCGAGAUCUUCGCAAGGGAGCUCCUGAGCAACAAGACUCUGUCUCAGCCAGUCUCAGCCCUAAAGACCCUUGUGGUAGCUCACAGGCUGCUCGCUCAGAUUCCAGUGGAGGCGUUCCUUGGAUGUUCUCUUGGCAAGCUGCCAGACCAGGUUCUCCGCAUGUGGUCGGCGGCUGCUUUACAAGCAGUAGCAACAGCCUCUGCUCCAGGGGCGAUGCCAAAAGGAGCUGCAGCGAAGAAUGCUGCUUCAGGCACUUGGUCCGUCUCGCGCUUCCUGCGGGCAAAUGCGGUAUCUCUGGAGACCCUUGUCGCAUUCGAGUCGGAAGGUGUAGUUCCCUUGAACGCCUCAGCUGCGUCGGAGUUGAUCGGCCUCCUGCAGCGCGCAUGCGCGCUUUGUCUGCUACUGCUGCAGCAGAAGGACAGCGAUGCUUUUGUCGUCAUUGGCAGCUACUUGGUGUUACUUGCAGAUGACAUUUGGGGGGUGGCUGCACUAGUGCUGCGUUUGCUGCACGCUUUGUUACAGCGCUGCAUGCGUCCCGCUGUCUCGUUGCAGACAGGACCCUCUCUUGUUGCAGUGCUGGCGUCUCUAUCAUCGCCCCUCAAGGAGGCCCUUAAGAGCAUGCAGUUGGCGGCAGAGGGGUGUCAAGCUGCUGCGAGCCGCUGCUCGUUACUGCGCCGCAUGCGGCCUCCACCCCACGAAGCCUUUUUGCUGCUUGCUGACCUGCGAAAGCAGCAAGAGCAGCAACAGCAGCCGCGUUGGCUGCUGCCAGCCCGCAGUCAGCUGUUGCCUUACAGGCCCUCCUCCUCAACACGCCGCUGCAUGCAGACUGUGCUGCAUGUGCCGUUGCCUGCCGACUUGGAAGCUGUUGCUACCGGUACGAGGAGUGCACUUUCUACAGCUGCUGCGGGGCCUGAGUCAGACUGGAUCGAUUUUCUCAGUGUUGAAGAGGUGUACUUACUGCAGCAGGACAGGACGCUGGAUGUUGCCAUGCUUAUGCAGCAGCCUCACAUGCAUGGUCACCGAGAGGAAAUGGCGGCAGCAGAACCUCAGCCUUCCCGCUGUAGCAGUGGAUGCAACAACAGCGUUGCUCCUUCUGCAGCUCCAGCCGAUGUGAAUGGGGCCCAGCAUCAAUUAGAUCAGCUAAAGCCGCUCCAGCAACAGCACCAUCGGGCAUGUGAGGAGGGGUAUGACGCAGCAGGCGCAACAACUGCUGUGAACGCAGAAGCCCCUUCAAUAGAAACUGCAGCAAAUGCGGCCUCCUUUGCUGCUGCACUCGGUAGGGAGGAGCCAACAUCGCCUACGCAAGUCGCUGCUACUGGCGAAUUGGAAUCGUGGGCUGUCGCAUCGUUUGAAGCGGACUUGAGGUCGCUAACGAGCGCUACUAGCCCGUCGCAUCAACACGAGCCGUCCGUGGAGCAGUGUCGGCAGGAAUACCAGUGGCUUCAAGGCAGUGCCACGCAUCCAUCUGUUGUCUUUGGCCAGCAUGUACAACCGUCUCCGUACAUGCAGCCAUUGGAUGUGCAGCAGCAGCACCUUAUCCCCCAGAAUCCUGAAGUGCGCUGCCAACAGCUCGAGCAGCUCCGCUACCAGCAGGCGCAAGCGCAGCAGCAGGGGCAGUACUUGCAGCUUCAGCAGCAGUUAGAAUUGCAGCAGCAACUUGUCCAUCAGCAGCAGCAACAGCAAGGCCUACUGCAACACGCUUCUUACUGCGUGGGGAAUGCCUCGCAACAGCUUUGGCACCCGCAGCUGCAGGAGCAACAACUUCAGCAACAAGAGCAGCCCUUUGCAUUCCCGUCAGCGUGGGAUUACGUCUUGCAGCAGCCAAGUCGGGCAGCGAUCCCUUCCGCGUAUGCAGCAGCGACAGCGCUAGCUGCAUUGGCAGGUGGCGCAGGCGACUCUAGGGUCUGUGGCUGUUUUACAUGCAGGGGCUGCAGCGGGAAGAGCAGCUGCUGCCUCAGGGGCCUUAAGACACAGCUGGAGGCCUUGAAUUUGGGGGUCGAUCCCCGAGAGCUGCAGAUAAUUUCCGUACUGGGCAGUGGUGUUUCGGGAACUGUCCUUAAAGCGACGUGGCGGGGCUGUGACGUUGCAGUAAAGGUGCUCCCCUUGAUUUUUCAGCAAAGGGGAGUCACUACUGUCGCCGCUGCUGCCGCCUCCGCCGCUGCUGCUCGCGAACUCCAAAUAAUGAAAAGGCUCAGGUGCCCCAACCUAGUGCUGCUUAUGGGUGCGUGUGUACUGGAUGGUAAUGAGGCCUCCUGCCGUAGCCACAAAAGCAACAGCAGCAGCGAUCCUCACAGGUCUGGGGAUUCAAACACCACAAAAGAAUUACUGGCAGCCACAGGUUGCCAGGGGCAAGGUCUCGCGGUGGUUAUGGAGUUAUGUGCAGGGGGCAGUCUCUUUGGACUGCUCCACGGGAGGCCUGAGGAGGCUCUUGCUGCCGCUGCGGAAAACCCUAUAUUUGUCGCCUCUUCAACAGCAACGACAGCAGCAGCUCCAGUAGUGCGGGCAUCAGGUGAGCAACUGGAGGUUCAGCUUGGAUCUGGGGAAGGCCAUAAACAACGGCAGCAGCCACAACAGCAACAGCAACAAGGUCGGAUGCGGUUAACGUGGGCUCAAAAGCUGAAAAUUGCGCUGGACGUGGCUCGCGGCUGCGUGUACCUGCAUGCGUCACAGCCUCCCGUGGUGCAUCGAGACCUUAAGAGUCUUAACAUCCUCCUGACAGACUCCAUUCUCAGCGACACCCAAACCCCCGUAGCUAAGGUGGCAGAUUUCGGCCUGAGUCGUUUAGCAACAGCAACUGGAGGCGGCGAAGGUCUAGUAGGCACAGAAGGUGCGGGCAGUGAUCACCCCAAUUAUCGUGAUAUACCGGGGGCGGUCCCCGUAUCUAUUCGCACUCCAGCAGGAGGCACAGUGCACUGGAUGCCUCCAGAGGUUAUGAGGGGACUCUCCCAGGGACCGGCUGUCGAUGUGUUUGCCUUUGGGAUUGUGCUGUACGAACUUGCGGCUGAGGCACUGCCCUACUUAAGGCCAAGGCACUCAUCUAAUAAUCAGCAGCAGCAGCAGAUAGAUCGGAGGAAUGUGUGGCUGCCUCCACCUCCAGAGAUAUGUGCUGCAGUGCUAAGAGGGGAGCGACCAGACGAAAGGUUCAUUCUACCACAGUGCCCUCUCAUACUCAGAGAUCUAAUGCGCCGUUGCUGGGCAGAAGACCCGCGAACUCGCCCCACAUUUGUUGAAGUCGUGGAAGAACUUAAAGCCGCUUUAGAAGCGCUGUAA